UCUGAUAAAAACUCAAUAGUUUCUCUCUUUCUCUCGAUCUCAUUCUGAAUCUCAUCUCUCUUCUUCAAAGCCCCUAUCUUUCUCUUUUUACCUAUUCCCUCGGUACAUUUCACACAAACUUAGAGAAAGAAAGAAAGAGGGAAAUGGGUGGGGGAAUGAGCUUUUCUUUUGUAUAAUGAACUUUGAACCUCAACACCACUUCUUCUCAGAAGAAGAUGGCAAUUCUUCAUCCCCAACAACGCCAUGCUUAUGAUGAUGAUGACGAACAAAACCCUUCUUCAUUCUUGCUAGAUGAACUCUACUGUCAGGAAGAAGAGAUAGAAGAUGUAAUGCAAGAAGAGAGUGGUGAGAGUGAGACUAAUGCUACUCAUUGUAAUGCCCAGAACCCUUCUUUGUUUCCCCUUCUCUUGUUGGAGCAUGACUUGUUUUGGGACGAUGAAGAGCUUCUCUCUUUGUUCUCUAAAGAACAACAACAAACGCUUUUCAACGUGAGUCUCGUGGAGACGGAUUCUCGUCUUUCUUUAGCUCGUAAUGAGGCUGUGGAGUGGGUGCUUAAGGUCAAUGCCCAUUAUGGAUUCACAACUCUCACCGCAGUUCUUGCCAUUAACUAUCUCGAUAGGUUCCUCUGUGGCUUUCAUUUCCAAAGAGAUAAGCCAUGGAUGAUCCAGCUUUUGGCUGUUACUUGUCUCUCUUUGGCUGCCAAAGUUGAAGAAACUCAAGUGCCUCUCCUCCUAGACCUCCAAGUUGAGGAAGCUAGGUAUGUUUUCGAGGCCAAAGCCAUUCAGAGAAUGGAGCUCUUGGUGCUCUCUGCCCUCAAAUGGAAGAUGCAUCUUGUGACUCCACUUUCAUUUCUUGAUCAUAUUAUAAGGAGGCUUGGAUUGAAGAACAAUCUCCACUGGGAAUUUCUCCGGAGAUGUGAGCGUCUCCUCCUCAUUGUGGUCUCUGAAUCAAGAUUUGUCAGUUAUCUCCCAUCUGUAUUGGCAACUGCGACAAUGAUGCACGUAAUAGACCAAGUUGAGCUUUUGAAUGCCAUUGACUACAAAAACCAGCUUCUGGGUGUUCUUAAAAUAAGCAAGGAAAAAGUAAACGAGUGCUACAAGCUUAUUCUGGAGCUAUCUAAUCCCAAAAGCAACGCCUAUCAGUAUCCCCGCAAGCGCAAAUGUGAGCCAUUCCCGUGCAGCCCUAGCGGUGUCAUUGAAUCUGAGUUCAGUUGUGGGGAAAGCUCAAACGAGUCUUGGGCAGUGAACAAGUCACAAGUCCUUUCAUCUCCAGAUCAAAAUAGGGUCUUUAAGAAGAGCAGGGCCCAAGAGCAACAGAUGCCUUUGCCAAUGCCAUCUCUGAAUAGGGUGUUCGUGGACAUUGUUGGCAGUCGUCCCAGUUAAAAAUCUCUUUCUCUCUCUGUCUCUUUUGUUUUUUCUGGUGCCAGUCAUAAAUUGUCUUCCAUCUCUUCAAUUCCAAUAAUGCCUAUGCAAGAAGAGACCUGUAGAGAUGGAGAUAGAUGGCAUUUUACAAGAAGAUAAAAGGGACAAGAGAAAGACCGGCAUUGAAGAAUGUAUGCAGCAGUAGUAGUAGUAGGCUGCUAUCUUUUUCCAUCUAGCAUACUUUAUGUGGACAUAUUAAUUUAUAAAAAUUAUAUUAAAAAAACACCAAAACAUUUUUGUUUUA